AUGAAGACUAACGAAACAGUUGAACAGACUUGCUGGUUCAUCGUACUGGAUCGCGCGUCCGUAGAACUAGCCUACACCAGCUAUGUCGUCAACAUUGUCCUCAACUGCCUUUUCUCCCCUCCUACGAUCCUCCUGAACAUUAUGGUCAUUCUUGCAAUAUACCAGACGCCAUCUCUUCACUCUGCAUCAAACAUUCUUAUUUGCAGCCUGUCUUUCUCGGAUCUCCUCAUCGGUCUCGUGACGCAGCCUUUUUACGUGGCGUACAAAUUCUCAGAAAUCAGUGGCAAAUUCGAGGAAUUCUGCAACGCAGGGGUGCAAAUUAUUGCGCUUGUCUCAAGCUACUUCCUGGCCGGCACAUCGUUCUAUACUCUUACAGUUAUGAGUCUUGACCGAUGCCUUGCGUUACACUUAGGACUGCGUUACCGUUUGAUUGUCACGCAAUGCCGCGUUGUCAGACUGGUGGUAAUCCUGUGGGUUCUUGCUGUGUUCACUGGGUUCCUACAGCUGUGGGUAGAAGCAAAGCUGUUUUACGUGGUGAUUACUGCGCUUAUGUUGAUGUGCCUUGCGACUAUGAUCUUGGCCUAUUCCAAGGCUUACAUUGCACUGAGGACGCACUAUCGAAAAAUGACUACCCGAAAUAAAGCUCGGAACUUAAGUGAAAAUGUGAGCAACGUCAACACUAGUGGGAUGAAUUUCGUUGAUGUCUGGAAUAAUGCACUGCCUAGAGAAGACCAGGAAGGAAACAACAAAAGGAUGAUGGAGAACUCAGGCGAGAUUUCAAGCGAGAAAAAAUAUAGUCAGGGAAAUCCGCAUCAGGUAAAAGAAUGUAAUUAUUCAAAUGCGUUUCAACUGAGAAGUUUGAAGAACUCAGCAGAGACACGCGGAAAAGCACAAGAGAAACCAGACCGUAAUUUACGUAGCAGUGGAAGUGCACGGGCUGAUCAGAUACGCAUUCUUAAGUAUCGCAAGUCUCUCAAAGCCCUCAAAUACCUUAUGACCAUAAUACUGUUAUGUUACGUCCCUCACACGUGCGUCUACGUCGCCAUAGUUAUCAAAGGUCUCAACGUGGAAACAAGAGCUGCAAAAAACAUAGUUAACCCAAUAUUGUUUUUGAACAGCCUUCUGAACCCCAUCAUCUACUGCUGGAAAAUCAGCGAGAUGCGCCAAGCGUGCGCUAACACGCUUAGAAAAGCGAUAGGCAUCAGCACUCGAAAAGGCCUUUUAAAAAUCCAUAAGAAGGACACCGAACAGGUCCUUGUGACCAAAAGGCCAUUCCAGCUAUAA